AGGGUUUCGCGUUAAAUCUGAUGAUGGUCCUUUCCAGUGAAUAACGUUGUAUUAAACACGUGGUUACACUUUGUAAUUAUUGAAAUUAAGACGAAAUACGCAGCGAAUCACAAUGCCGUUGGCAAGAGAUUUUCUUCACCCGAGUCCCAUCGAGGAGAAGAGGAAACAUAAAUUGAAGAGGCUCGUGCAGAAGCCAAACAGUUACUUUAUGGACGUCAAAUGUCCUGGCUGUUACGCCAUCAAAACUAUUUUCUCGCAUGCCCAGAGACCAGUUGAAUGCGAUGGAUGCCGUACCAUAUUAUGUACACCAACGGGUGGCAAGGCAAGGUUAACGGAAGGUUGCUCUUUUAGAAGAAAAGUACAAUGUUAAUUUUACGUGAUGUAUUUAAUGCUUCUCUUUAUAUUCGAUAAAUAAAUACAAUCACAUUA